AUGACUUUCAAGACUAUUAAACGUUUUAAACUGAAGUUGGACGAGCCGGACAAUGCUGUGUAUGCCAGCGGCGAGAUAGUGUCCGGACAGGUCGUUUUAGAGCUCAACAGGGAGACGAAAGUGCACUCCAUGAAGGUCCUUGGAAGAGGGGUUGCCACUGCCCACUGGCUUGAGAAUCACAGUGUUGGCAUGAAUGCAGUUUACAACGACUACACCUCCAAGAUCACCUACUUUAGGAAGAAGCAACAUCUCAUUCGAGGUAAUUUUUCUGCAUUCCUGGGAAAUCACACUGGUUAUUUGUCAACGAAUUUUUAUAUUUCUCAACAAUGUUAAAAUGUUCAAAAGUAUUAGCAUCUAUUGAUUUCCUAUUAAUGCAAUUAUCCAAAUGAAAAUUCUAAUUUUGAGCCCAUGAAUUGAACUAAUUAAUUGCAUGGUAAAAACAUGAAUCUGUAAAAGUAGUGCACCUUGGAUUUGACCAAGCCUACUGUAGGACACAGUGAAGAUGGAAACACUAAAGACACAGGCCCUAUUUAUGGUUAUAAAACAUAAAACACAAAUCUAUUAGAACAAUUCUUAGAGGCACAGUAGAAUAACACAAGACUGGAAAAUAGUUGACAGCAUGAACUUAAUAUUUAAAAAUCUGAUUUGUGUGAAUGAAUCUCAUGUGUAGCAGCAACAUACUUAUGGGGAUUGGAUCUAGGCCAUCAGACUGGCAGGUAAAUAAAUGCAGGACUGGUGGAGUUAAUGUUUCACUAGAAAGUCAGCUGUCAUGCAUGGCUUGCCUUGACUAUCCAAACCAGAUGCGUAUUUUAGGACAAUUGCUAGAGAAAUUAGGCGAAUAGGCCAACCAGGGUCAUUGUAUCAACAAAACUUACAGCCUGGUAUGAAGUAUAAGUCAUUUGGGUCACACUUUACAUUGUAUUGAUACCUUGGAGUUAUUUGCAUCACUGCAAUUGUUUGUCCUUGAGUGAGCUUUUGUAAUUGCAUUGUAUGUACAUGCUAACUUGUACUUUCCUGCUGACCUCUUGACAGGCCGCCUUCUCAAAAGAGGGUUCUAA